AUGAAGAUAAUUUAUAAUUUUAUUUUCUUAGUUUUGUUCCUUAUGAGUACUUUGUCAGCGGAACGUAAUGGCAAUGAUAAGAAAGUUCUGUCUAGAAGAAAAAGAUAUGUCGCGUUUCCUGAGGGCUCGAGUUUUUCGUGCGCUGGUUGCAUGACAGUAGGUGUGAUAGGCCAACCGGCGCCUUCAUCUGCGCCAGGAACUUUCACCUUUGGCCUUAACUGGGGUAUCGCAUACGAGUUGCCAAAUAACACUGAAACUGCAUCGUUUUACCAUCGCAAAAAGAAGCCAAUAGCCCAAAGACGUAACCGACGAGAGCUUUACGAAAAAUUAGAAAUCAUUAUGGAUAAUUUACCUAUGACGAAAGUACUCCCAUCAGAACCAUUGGAACACAGCUUAUAUGACUCUGCUCAUCGUCUCGGUGUGCUUUUGAACUCAUGUGAUAACUUCAAAUGCCCUCUAUCAUUAGUUGACCUUGCUAAAGGAUACUACAAUGCGCCAGCACCAAAAAUCGACACUACUAAAAACCCUUGGGCAUUAUUCAGUAGUAGUUUUGGC